UUUUAUUGUUGGUUUAUGAGAAGGUGGAACACUUGUCGUCAGCGAGUUGCCGUUCCCCACCUCCACACCUGAAAAACCUAUUUCAUUUGUAACCCUAACAAACACCGAUUGUUGAAAUCAGUUAACAAUUUAUUAAAUUAUCUUAUUUCUGCUUCAAAAUCACAAUUGCAUUGUAGUGGUAGUAAAAGGGGGAAUUGCUAAAACUUAUACAUUUCUUCAUCUUCAACAUGGCAUUGUAUGACAUAACUAAUCUAUCAGACAGCGACGAAGAAGAAUUUAAACCCGACCCAUUUAUAAACCACUAUUCAACUCGUAUUGGGAGGGAUGAUGGUGCAAGCUCGUCUGGAAGCAAUGUGAGGUCAACUCUCUUAGGAAUGGGAUUUCCGCCCCAUCUCGUUGAUAAAGCUAUAAGUAAAGAUGGCGAAGACAAUAUGGAUAUAUUAUUGGAAACUCUCGUUGCAUAUUCUGACGUUCAAACAUCAAAGGCCAGAUCAUUACAGCCUGGUAAUGGCUCAGUCCUGUACGAAGACAAGGAAGUAGUUCAAGGUAGUGGAAAAAGGAAGGCUGUUCUUAUAUCACAUUCUGAAUCAUCUGAUUCCCUGGAAUGUUUAUUUGGUGAUGAGAAGGAUAUAAGCAGCCGGAGUACCGAAACUACAACAUCUGCUUUGAAAAAGGACUUGGAUGAGCAUUUUGAUGACAAAAAGGCAUCCUUACUAAUGAUGAAUUUCACUUUGGAGGAAGUUGAGUUUGCAAUGAGCAAACUUGGCGAAGAUGCUCCCAUUACCGAGCUUGUAGAUUUUAUCUUUGCUGCUCAAUUGGCUAGCACAGAUGAUCCCAACAAAAACCAUCAAACUAAGAAUGAGGAUGCCACCACUGAGACCUUGUUUGGGACCAUGGACAAGACACUUAAAUUGCUUGAUAUGGGCUUCUCUGAACAGGAUAUAUCUGCAGCCAUUGAGAAGUAUGGUUCAGAAAUAUCUAUAUCAGAGCUUGCUGACUCGAUUGUUUGCGAUCGGAUGGGUGGUCCUUAUGUUAAGAAAGAAGAGGAUCACCUAUCGUCUUUUGGAAAUAACUCAUGGACGGUUGGGAAUAAAUUCAAGUCCACGGCUGUGGGGGCUGAUAAAGUGUUGGAUGCCAGUUUUUAUAGUAAUUUGGCACUAAGAACGGAAGAAACAAUCAAGGCUGCAGCUACUCAGGAGAUUGUUGACAGCUUCAAAGGGAAAAAACCAAAAGAAGAACAUGUUGAUGAACCGAUUAGUUUAAAAAGACCAAAACCAGAAUUUGAUUAUUUGAAUAGUAAUUCUGGACCAGCAAGCACUUUAUCUAAAUCUCCACCGAGUUCCAAGGUUUUACAGAGACAGCUCAAGUAUAAAGCAAGACGUAUGGCAGGAAUAGGAGUUCCUAAACUCAUCCAACCUGUUUCAUGCAGCAGUGUAGACCAAAUGGUAGCAAAAGCUCCAUUAUUUUUCUACGGGAAUGUUACGAAUUUAUCUCAUGAUUCAUGGGUCAAAAUCUCUCAGUUCUUGUAUGCAAUCGAGCCUGAAUACAUCAACACUCAGUCUUUCUCAGCCUUGAAUAGGAAAGAAGGUUAUAUACAUAAUCUCCCGACCGAAAACCGGUUUCAUAUCCUGCCGAAGCCACCAAUGACCAUAGAAGAUGCAAUACCACAAACGAAAAAGUAUUGGCCUUCAUGGGAUACAAGAAAACAUCUAAGUUGUAUUAGGUCUGAAACUAUCGGAAUUUCCCAAUUGUGCGACAAGUUAAGAAAUAUAUUGAUAAAUUCUAAGGGCCUACUUUCUGUUGAACAACAAAAGGACGUUCUUCACAAAUGUAGGACCUUGAAUCUCAUGUGGGUGGGUCGUAACAAACUAGCUCCAAUUGAACCUGAAUCGGUGGAGCGGAUUCUUGGGUACCCGUUGCAUCACACUCGGGCAGAUGAGCUAAGUCUGGGAGAAAGACUGGAAUCUCUCAAACACUCUUUCCAAACUGACACUUUGGGAUACCAUUUAUCUGUUUUGAAGUCUAUGUUUCCUGAGGGAUUGACUGUGUUGUCAAUCUACAGUGGAGUUGGAGGUGCAGAAAUUACUUUGAACCGCCUUGGGAUUCGUUUGAAAGCAGUUGUUUCAAUUGAACCAUCAGAAACGAAGCGUAAAAUUCUUAGGGACUGGUGGGAUAACUCGGAUCAGGCAGGAGAAUUAGUUCAAAUUGCCACUAUUCAGAAGCUAUCGAGUAGUAAGCUAGAGAGCCUCAUGAAGAAGUUUGGGGUUUUUGAUUUCAUUAUUUGUCAAAACCCAUAUACCUACUCUGCUAGAAGUGUUUUGGCUGCUGUAGAAACCGAAAGCUAUGCAGGUUUAGACUUUUCUAUGUUCUAUGAGUUUGUUCGUGUUUUGCAGAGAGUUAGGAGUGCAAUAAAGACCAGGUGACUACUAUUUUCUACCUAUUGUUUCCUAUCCCCUUUGUUAAUGAUGGGAUUAUGGAAGCAUGAUGUAUUAAUAAGCACCUUAUUAUUAUUGUACAACUUGAACUUUUUAGAAACAUGAUCCAAAUUGUUUAGCAAA